AUGACAAACAUACCAUCCAUUGUCUCGGUCUGCGAGUUGUGCGCGACAACGGGGCAGUGCCGUGGCCCCGGUCUUAGCGCGACAAAGUACUGCGGCGUCUUUUUCGAGACGGCGACCAUGUCGCCGCAGUCGUGCUGCUGCGCCGUGGCACUCGCGUGUCCGAAAGCUACCGAUGCGCUGUGCACAUGCACCGAGAUCCCGUCGGACGGGCAUUCGAUCGAUUGGCUUUCGAGCAUCGUGUUGCCUGCAGCGGGCGCGGCACUAUUCCUUGUCCUGGCACCAAGAGGCGCGUAUUGCGAAAGCCUCGAGGAUCACGAACGCGUGUGGCAAGAGAUUGAAGCCGAGCGGCUGCGUCUUGCACGGAUGCCGGAUGCGCGCGUCCAGCCGCUUCUCGUCGAGAAUAAGGAAUUUGGGGUCGUGGAGUCGGAGCUUGCUCUCGACGUAUCGGAGCCAACAGUCAAGCCGAUAUGUUACUUUAUCGACGACGUGACGACAUUACGGUCUGACGGUACAGCGUCGUGGCACGCUCCAUUCGUGUACACGUAG